AAGCCGGUGUGAAUGUAACGAAAGGACGUUGGAAAGUGACGAGGCCAGUUGAACCGAAGUCAUUCUACUAUAGCCUACUCAGAUGUGGACAUGUUUUAGUGAAACAAAUAUUACACUGUGGAUAUACAGGAUUAUUGAAUUGAACUUGAAUAUAAUAAUUUAAGUUAUAGAAAACUUUUAGUUUCAAACUUUUUUAAUAGUGGGACUAUUGUUUUAAACAUCCCAAGGCACACAGGAACUGGCCAAGAGAAAGUGACUACCGAAUGCGCGCCCUUUUCAGGGUCUGGGAGUCAUUUCUGCUUGGCGUAAAUUACGGACAAGCGCGUCAUUUCACUUGCGAAUCAUAUUAGCCUAUUGAGGUCGUUUUUUUCAUCCUGGAGGACCACUCACAGAGACACAGCAUCUGUGGGACCAUGCUACAAAAUGGUAUUGGUAAGGAGAAAUCUUCGGAACUGCCGAAGGCUGAGCCAGAACCAGACUUCCCAUCAGAACCUUCAACCCAGCCAGCCCCCAUUGACAGCGCAGUGCGUACGGCACAGGACACGGAUUCCACGCACUUCCCCUUGCCGGAGUUCCCCAAAUUGGAGAUAAAGCGUAACGCGGUGACAGACGAUUAUAAGAUAUCUAGUCAGGUCCUUGGGUUUGGGAUCAAUGGGAAGGUUCUGGAAUGCACAAAUAAGAAGACGGGGGAGAAGUGCGCACUGAAGAUCCUCUAUGACAGUCCCAAGGCGAGGCAGGAGGUUGAGCUUCACUGGCGGGUGUCGGGGGGGCCUUACAUCGUUGGUAUUCUCAGUCUGUACGAGAACAUGCAUCAUGGGAAGAAGUGCCUGCUCAUCAUCAUGGAAUGUAUGCAAGGGGGAGAACUGUUCAGCCGGAUCCAGGCCAGAGGAGACCAAGCUUUCACUGAGAGAGAGGGCUCAGAGAUCAUGCGGGAUAUUGGCACGGCCAUCGAGUUUCUCCACAACAUGAACAUCGCACACAGAGACAUCAAGCCUGAGAACCUGCUGUACACUCAUCAGAAGAGCAACGGUACUCUCAAACUGACAGACUUUGGCUUCGCUAAGGAGACCACUCUACACAACCUCCUGCAGACCCCGUGCUACACCCCUUACUAUGUGGCUCCUGAGGUUUUGGGCCCGGAGAAAUAUGACAAGUCAUGUGACAUGUGGUCUCUGGGCGUCAUCAUGUAUAUCCUGCUGUGUGGUUUCCCACCGUUCUACUCUAACACGGGCCAGGCCAUCUCUCCAGGGAUGAAACGGAGGAUCAGGAUGGGCCAGUACGAGUUCCCCAAACCUGAGUGGGCUGAGGUGUCAGAGGAAGCCAAACAGUUGAUCCAUCAGCUGCUAAAGACAGACCCCAACGACAGAAUGACCAUCACACAGUUUAUGAACCACCCCUGGAUCAAUCAGUCCAUGGUUGUUCCCUCCACACCGCUACACACCACACGGGUCCUGACUGAGGACAGAGAGAUGUGGGACGACGUGAAGGAGGAGAUGACCAGUGCUCUGGCCACCAUGCGUGUGGACUACGACCAGGUGAAGAUCAAAGACCUGGACACCUCCAGCAACUCACUGCUCAACAAGAGACGCAAGAAGGCCGCUGCCAGGGGCAAAUUGGGAGGCAGCGUCUGCAACAGCCAGUGAAAGACUGGAGGUGGGAGGGAAGCCAUAGCCAGAACAGAAAGGGAAGCCCAGAAGACACACCUGGAACAGCUGGGAGGGGAAAAGGCUGUGGGAGGUCUGGGCAGAAACAUGCAGAAGAGAUUUAUCAGGGGGAGUGUGUUCAUACUUAAAUCAACAGAGGGAGAAGAGGGGAGGCAUAAAGGAGGGAGGGGGUACUGUUAGGAAACAGCAGGGAAAUGUUAUUUGGAGAUUCUCAGCAAUCAGUCGAAUUGAAGGACACAUGAAGUGAUGACAAUGUAUGAAACACUUAUCAGCCAAGAUCAGCAGGCCUUCAUACUGUAGGCCUUCCAUAAGUUUUUAAUUUGAUUGUGUGUUAGUGUGUGUGUUAUUUUGAAAGGUCAUUCAGGAUCUGCUCUUUAUAAGUUCCUGUAUGUUUGUUGUGUGUGUGCCUGUGUGUUUAUGUGUGUUGUAACCAAUGUUCCCUCUAAAAACGCUCAGCACUGAGCAAAUUUCAGGUCUGCUGAACACAAACUUGAACGUUGUGAAAAUUCUGUGCAACUUCCAGUGUGCGUUUACUGUGAACACUUGGGCUGUACCCGCUUUAAUUUACAGUUAACAGUGGCCAAGUCAUCUACUGUGGCUAUUUGAUCAUAAUGUAGGCCUACCAGAGUGGCCUGCCAUCAAAAACAAUGGAGAAAAUGCAUCCCAUAACAUUUUAACAUGGAAAUAGCUGUUCUAUCAUUCAGCCUGCAGUAGCAGCCAAUGU